AGGAAGUUCCAAAUCCGUCCACUGAGCUAACCAGACGCUGUACUCGGAAGCUAAUAUUUCAUGUUGGCUUUUUAAAAAUUAAUUAACAAAGUGCAACGAUCGUUUUGUUAAGCAGGGUGUCAUUUAAUAUAGAAAACAACAGCGUCGUUUGUUUUUGUAUCCCCGGGUUUUGCUACAAAGCAGUAUUAGAGUUUGUUUUCAGGAGCUAGCUAACAGGCUAACAGCACUUUGUUUUGAUUGUAAACGUGAACAGUAACGUUGAAGGUGUGUGGACUCAAAGUACAUACGAGGAAAGGUUUAUAUGCACCCUUGUAAGGACAUAGUUUUAUGUGAUCGACGACAGACUAGUGGAGGGUUAAUGUAAAUGUAUGUAAUGUACCAGCUAGCUUGUUGUUUCAGGUAAACGUCAAACGGUGGUCGUCUAACUUGAGCUCACGUUUUCUCUGUGUGGGGUCAUAGGACCGGCUCGGGUUAGUCAUCGUGGACGUCUGGUGAGCUUAAUAAAGCUCUCGGUGAUCCGGAUCCAAUGCGUGGGAUGAUGGGGACCCAGAGCAGUCCUGUCAAGAGUUACGAUUACCUCCUGAAGUUUCUCUUGGUGGGAGACAGCGACGUAGGUAAAGGAGAGAUCUUAGAGAGUUUACAAGACGGAUCAGUGGAGUCUCCCUAUGCAUACAGCAGCGGCAUUGAUUACAAAACAACCACGAUUCUGCUGGACGGAAGAAGAGUGAAACUUGAGUUGUGGGACACAUCGGGGCAGGGGAGAUUCUGCACAAUCUUCAGGUCGUACUCUCGUGGAGCCCAGGGCAUCCUGCUGGUCUAUGACAUCACUAACGGAUGGUCGUUUGAUGGCAUCGAUCGCUGGAUCCGGGAAAUUGACGAGCACGCCCCAGGUGUACCCAGGAUCUUAGUGGGCAACAGGCUUCACCUGGCUUUCAAGCGGCAGGUGCCAACGGAGCAGGCGAGGGCUUAUGCAGAGAAGAACAGCAUGACUUUCUUCGAGGUCAGUCCGCUGUGCAACUUUAACGUCAUCGAGUCCUUCACAGAACUUUCACGCAUUGUGCUGAUGAGGCACGGGAUGGAGAAAUUCUGGAAGCCCAACAGAGUCUUCAGCCUCCAAGAUCUGUGCUGCCGUUCAAUCGUGUCCUGCACUCCCGUGCACCUUAUCGACAAACUGCCCCUCCCUGUGGCCAUCAAGUCCCACCUGAAGUCUUUCUCCAUGGCCAACGGCAUGAACGCAGUCAUGAUGCAUGGACGCUCCUACUCGGUGGCCAACAGCGCAGCCUCAGGCGGUGGCAGUGGCAGCAAAGCAAACAGUCUCAAACGAUCAAAGUCAUUCAGGCCUCCACAGAGUCCUCCAAAGAACUCAUCAUCGUCCUCUAAAGGGAACUGUAAGAUUUCAUAGUGAAGGAGCAGACUCAUGGUUUCCUUCACGAGGCCAGGAUUUAAGGUGUCAUUGCUCCAAGGGGUCGUCGGGCAACCGAGGAGCGUGGAGAGCCAACAGGAAUCUUCUCCAGGGAUGGAAAUAGCAGUGAAAUGACUGACCUCUGGAACUGUCUUGGGUGGUUGGAUCGGCUUCUGUUCUCUUUGCACUUACUGGUGCCAUCUUGUGGAUGUCUGUUUACCUGUACUCCUUUCUACAGAGACUCACUGUGAUCAAGUUCUACAAGGUUUCGCUGGGACCAACAGAUGUGAAUCAAGGAUUAUAACUCUCCUGAAAACACUACAAACGAGUGGAGGGACAUUAGCCUGCUUUAUUGGGAAAUGGACGACUAACGUAUUUAAAAAUGGAUUUGAAGUUGUAAAUAAGCUGCGUGUGCUCCAUGUUCUGGUCUGUGUUUGGUAAUUGAUCUUUGAGAGGAGCUUUUUUUAUGCUUGUUAUGUCUUGAAUGUUUGGGAUACGUGCUUUUCUCUGCAACUUAUUUGUCUUCUGUGUAAAUUUCCCUUUGCAACCUCAAGGGUGCUGAGCUGCUUAUUUAAAACUCCGAUUAGCUUUAAAUAAGGCUGGCUUCAAUUGAAUGUCAUACGAAGAGCAGGGCUAGAUUCCCAAACAGAUCUGUACUAGACUUGAGAAAUGUUUGUGACAAUAAUCAAUGUCUAGCAUGAGGAUACUGUCCAGCAAAGUCGAGCCAAGUUUGGUUGUUUUUUUUAGACUUCCUACGGUGUCCUUAAAUCCCAGCACCAAAUAAAUGGACCCUCGGUCACCAUCAAUCUUUGGUUUGAACGCUCUGUUUACUUUCUCAGGCCAUUUCUGCCUCUUAAUCUAAUAUCCUCAGUUGUAUCAUCACUCUAACCGUCAACAGCAUCUGUUUAAUUCUUCCCACUCUCUGUGCAGUUCAGAGAUUGUUUGGUGCUGAUAAAGAAACCUUUUACAAAGUGAUGUACAGAUUGUUUGCUCAGUCACGGCGGUUUGCUUUCAGAAAGUGCUGCAGCUGUGUCUUGGUUCAUUUGUAAACCGUGUGUGGUGAGGAUGGUAUUUUAAUUGGACUGUUUUUUGGAUCUGUAUUUUCUAUGUAUUUAUGAAUGUAAAACAAUAAUCAUCUUCUACUCUUCUGCGGCCAUGUGGUAAAAAAAAAAAAAAUGGAAUUCAAAGAAUCUGAGGUGGAAAUGAUUGGUUAUAUUUGCUGCUUUGAUAUUUUUUAUUGAACGUUGCAUCUCGUUGGGAGAACGUGUAGUUUUUAACGCUCAAGCUAACUUGUAUUCUCUAAGGGGUGAGAUGGCAGGAGGAAAUGUAUUGUGGGUAUUUGUUGGUUAACAAUGCUGAACCAUGUUAUGCCAGAUCCACUUGGACACUUCAGAAUUUACACAGCAAGUCUUGUUUUAAAAAUAAAAUGUGUUUCUUUAAAUCUCCUGUGAGGAACUUUUGGCAUCUUUCAAUAUUGCUGCCCCCCUGCGGUGCACAGUGGUACCUCUCAUCUCCAGUUUUACGUGAAGUUCCAAGAAGUAUCUUAUCAAGUGUAUCACUCAGUGAGACUCUUUUCAGUGGAAAAUGUGAACAAAGGCUGUUUCUGCAGGGAGCAGUUUAUCACUUUGUCUUUCCCCCGCAGUGAUUUCAGGCAUUAAUAAUAACUGUGUAGGAAUUGUCCGUCACUCUUCUGAUGCUCUUAUUUGCUUUUGGAGCUCAUUAAGAAACCUCAAUAUACAUUUCAGUCUGUUUCAUAACAAGCUCCAUUGAUUCCCUAUCAAUCGUUGCUUUGCUUUCCACCUCAGGUUGACAUGAGCUCCAUGUCCACUCUAACAUUCCCAGUGUCAUGGCUGUAGGGCCGUGAUAAGCUCAUCAAUGGCAUACAGAUGUGGUGCAUGUUUUCUUCUGGGGUCUGAUUUCUGUAGAGUAUUGAGAGAUCUGUAUAGAAGUCUAACAAUACUGUUAAGCACUAAGUGUAAACUUUGAAUAAUGAUUGUUGCUGUCAGAGCGGUGUGCCCACAGGUUUGUACGGGAUCAAUAAUAACUUUUGUCUGCAUUGCAAACAGUCAGCCAUCACAAUAAAGGGUGAAACUUCAA